ACUUUCGGCAGCGGGCCCCUCCCCCUCUACUCCAUGGUGAUCCCUCCUUGCAGCAGCUGGCUGACAGCUUUCCCUGGCGGAAUUGUGGGAUGCUGUUGAACACACCCUUCGCUUUUGGCUGUUUGUCCAUAUUGGCGUUGACCAACAAGUUGAAGAACAUCUCAACCUCCUUCAAAGAUGUGGCGUAGUGCUGGCUGACCGCGUCUGCUUGAGGUGAUUGCGGAGCUGCUGCGUUAAGACAGCUAGCAACUGUAGCAACGCAACUGACCAUAAUGAAAAUUGCGUGAACACUCGUAACAUACCUCGAGGAAUCAAGUUUUGGUCACAGAGCAAGUCCUGUCAUCGAAAGAAAAUGUUUCUGUCGUUCAGUUAUGUAGCUGACAGUUAUGAAUUUAUUUUUUCCCUGCCUCUAUAACGACCUCGUCCUUCUACUUAAAUUAACUUAAAUGUAUUAUCACCACAAAGGUAAUGCCAGUAUGAAAAAGAGCCUUGUUAUGUUUCUGUGACAUCUAAAGUUUGAGUCAUGUUUCAGAUCUGACCGUCCUUUGAAUCUCCAUUUGAACAUGGGUUUUCCGAUGUGGCACAGAUAACUGUGAUGGCGAGGUCAAAAACGUCCGUGCCGCUGGCACUGCUGGUGGUCCUCUCAGUGCUGCUGACUGGAGCAUCCCAGGCUGGGCCUGAGAUGGACCCAUACACAAUCCUCGGGGUGACCAGGACUGCAAGCCAGGCAGAGAUCAAGAAGGUCUAUAAGCGACUUGCAAAAGAAUGGUAAAUAUUUUCAUUGUCUAAGUUGCUAUUUUAGAAUUUGAAUAGCUCUGCUGAUUAAAAACAUCUUUUAAAGGCAUCCUGACAAAAACAAAAACCCAGGUGCUGAGGACAUGUUUAUCAAGAUUUCCAAAUCUUAUGAGGUCAGUUAUCAUCACUAAUGCAUGAAUCAAUACAUUUUGUGGCUUGUGUGAAACCCAACAACAGUGUCAUAUAUGAAAAGUUAGAUUCAACCAUCAUAUCAAUAUUUAUCAAGUUUGCCAAAAUGACAUAUUUUUUUAACCACAAACUUAGAUCCUGUCAAAUGAAGAAAAAAGGGCCAACUAUGAUCGAUAUGGGCAAACUGAUGACACCCAACCUUAUGGCAGCAGUCGUUACGGCCAUCGCCAUGACAGCUUUUACUUUGAUGAGUCCUUCUUCAAUUUUCCCUUUAACAGCAAGAAUCACAGGGACUUUGCAGACAGCAGGUACAUUUUGCAUUUCAACCAGUACGUGAGUGAUGUGGUGCCCGACAGCUACAAGAGGCCAUACUUGAUAAAGAUCACUUCUGACUGGUGCUUCAGCUGCAUUCACAUCGAGCCAGUCUGGAAAGAAGUGGUGCAGGAGAUGGAGGCACUAGGUUAGGAACUAACCUCUUUUGUUACCCCCAGUAAACUCUCAUCAAAGCUUGAAAUAUCAGGGCUAGCAAAAAGGGCUGAUGUGUGUUUUUAUUUAUUUAUUUAUUUAUUUAUUUUGGGGGGGCCGUAUCCUGUCUGUGUAGGUGUUGGAAUAGGUGUGGUGGAUGUUGGCUAUGAGAGACGACUGGCAAAUCAUCUUGGUGCUCAUCGCACCCCAUCAAUACUUGGAGUCAUCAAUGGAAAAGUGACUUUUUUCCAUUAUGCUGUAGCCAAGGAGCACCUGAGGCAAUUUGUAGAAGACCUCCUUCCUCAGAGACUUGUAGAUCGGGUGAAUAUCUCCCUGCCCUAAACAUGUUUUUAUUGUACAAAGGAAAGGACAUACAGAUAAUGUGUUGGCAGCAUUUAUUCAGAACACUGUCUUAUAUUUCAGGUCACUGACAAGAAUGAUCUACAGUUCUUGAAUAGCUGGCAUGAGCUCAACAAGCCACAUGUGCUCUUGUUUGACCAAGUUCCUGUAGUUCCGUUGCUUUACAAAGUAAGCUCUCGCCUCAUGGGGUCUUUCAUGUAAUAUAUGAUCCUCAUAUGCAACUGAUAUGUAUUUGGGCAGCAGCACAAAGUGAAAGCUCUUUAUCUCUGCCUUUCCAUAGCUGACAGCUUUUGCAUAUAAGGACUACUUGCAGUUUGGCUAUGUGGAUCAGGGCCUUACAGAGACUGCUAAUCUGCAGAAACAGUUCAAUAUCAAUACUUAUGCUCCAACAAUGCUGGUCUUCAAAGAGAAUGUUGACAAGCCUGCUGACAUUAUACAGGUAAAGCACAGAAACAGGAUGCUCCAAACUAUCUCCACUUCUUUCUUUAACUGAUAUCUAUCAAUGAUUGACUUUUAUUUACACUCCCCGCAAUAUCACAUUACUUGUUCUUCUCUAUGGUUUUGCCAUAUGUCCACAGGCAAAAGGAAUGAAAAAGCAAAUAAUUGAUGAGUUCAUAUCAAACAACAAAUUUCUUCUCGCACCACGGCUGGUCAAUCAGAAACUCUUUGAUGAGCUUUGUCCUGUCAAACAGUUCCACAGGCGCAGGAAGUAAGUCUUUUCUUUUUUAUAUCUGUUGUAUCUGAUGUCAAUACGUGUGAAGCCAAACAGAAUUGUUUAUAAUUAAUCAACAGAAUUGAUCUCUUUAAAGAUAUACAGAGUCAGGAUUGGCAUCUGUGGUGUUGUAACGUUUUUGUCGUCCUCUUAGAUACUGUGUCCUGCUGAUCACAGGGGAUGAAGAGACAUUUUCUUCAGGGAACCAGGCUUUUCUGUCAUUUGCCUCUACCAACACAAAGGAAAUUAUCAGGUUUGCUUAUGUGUACCAACGACUACAACAACCUCUCUGUGAAAUCCUUAUACAGAACAAGGACAGUGCACAGUCACAUUCACAGGUAACCUCCCACUGUGAAAUACAUAUACUGAUUAUAUUAGAAUUCAAAAAAGAGAUUUAUUAUGUGUAUUAGCAUUGCUCAACUAUCCAGAAUGUAUGUAUACCUGCCUUGUCAGCCUCUAGGAAAAAUGUACCAGUGCCCAGAAUUGAGAUAGACUUUGGGUUUAUGUCGCAUUUAUGCAGAGAAGUAUGGGAAAACAGUUGGACUCUACACUUGGAUCAGAUUCUGGAUGUGUUGUUGUUUAAGUAUGUGUAUAUAUAUACCUUUUUUUUUUUUUUUUUAAACUCAGGUGGUGAUCCUGGAAAGGCGUAAUGCUGCAGGAAAGGCUUUAUUCAAGCCAGUAACUGCCUGGAAUGGUAGCAAGGAAGACAAGCAACAUCUUUCAGAGGAGCUGGAGCGACUUCAGAAGGACCCAUCUAUUCUCAUCCAUGAUGCCAUGCUGCCUGAACUCAACAACGAGUUUGCCUCUGUAUGUCCUGUUACAGUAAAAACCCUUUGAAGAUGAUCAACUUCUAAUAUUACUGACCUGCUAUUACAACAGAUCAUUUUGUUUUACAGAUGUUUGUAAUCAGAUGGAUCCAUGCGUCCUAUGAUUACCUCUCUGAAGUCAUAGAUGAUAUUCUUCAUAACAACUGGUAGGUUUACAAUAAAAUUUGAUUUGAGAUUGUUUGACCAGUUCAGCUUUCAAAGAUGGCAGUGCCAAAUAGCAGUUUUUGACUUAGACAUUUAAAAUCAUUGAAGUUUCUUGUCACGAGUUGUCUUUAAUGACUUGCAGGCGUGAGAUGAUGCCUCUUCUGUCCCUAAUCUUCUCCGCCUUGUUCAUCUUGUUCGGGACUGUGGUCAUCCAGGCCUUCAGGUUGGAUGCUUUACAAACAUGUGUUUUAUAAGUCCAUUAAAAAGACAUGUAUUGCAAGUUUCAAGAAGGCCAGAUUAAAGUAGUAGAAAUAAUUGGAUAAGUUUAACUAUCUUUCAUUUUAUUCCUUUUUGGGAAAAAUGAUUUUUCAGUGACUCAAGUGAAGACAAGCAGACCAAACCAAAAGCAAAAGAUGGAUCAAAAGCAGAAAAUGGAUCAUCAGGGGCCAGCAGUGCUUCAAGGCAAGAAUACAUUUAAAAUGUUCAUGUUUGAUCAGAUUAAUGAUUUAUAAUUCAGGCACUAAGCUCUUGAUUUUCCUUUGGUUUCAGUCGACCUCCGAAGAAGAAUUUUGUGGAGGUGACAGAGCUGACAGAUAUCACUUAUAUGAGCAACUUGGUGAAGUUGAGGCCAGGACACAUGAACAUAGUGCUGGUACUCACUGAUGCCUCUAAGAACAUCCUACUUAGCAAGUUUGCCAAAGAGGUCUACUCCUUCACAGGGUAAGCUAAACAUGUAGCCUACUUUUCAUUUUGUGGAACAAAUAAGAUUCACAUUUGAACUUAGUUUCUGUGUAUUUAACGUACCUGUUUAUGUAUACUUCAUCAUUUUCAUUCUCUCAACUCUCAACCCUAGGAGCCUGACUCUGCAUUUUUCCUUUCUGAAUAUUGACAAACACAGUGAGUGGAUGGACACACUGCUGGAAUAUGCCCAGGACCCUAUACAGAUUGAUGCAGAUGAAGAUGAUGGGGGAAACCACAAGAAAGACUACACUGGCUUUGUGCUGGCACUUAAUGGCCACAAGAAGUACCUGUGUCUAUUUAAGCCGGUCUAUACAGGGGAGGACCUUGACAAUAAGUCAUCCGAGGAUGAAGGAGGGACUUCUGGGGGAAAGUUGAGAUUAAGUUCCAGGGAUGACCACCCACAGCGCAAAUCCAACAGAUCACGCAGCAUAUCCACCCUGCAGAUCCACCACAAGCUGGACCGCCUGGGACUGUGGAUGGAAAGGCUCAUGGAGGGUACAUUGCCACGCUACUACAUCCCUGCCUGGCCAGGACUGGAGAAGAUAACCCCUAUUAAAUAGAAUGAAGAGAGGUCUGUGGCUCCCCUCUUAUGUUGCUGAAACUAUAGACAACUGCCUAUUUUGCACUGACAUUAUUAAAGUCACAGAUAUCACAGAUAUCUUGAAAGUAAAUUUGGCUGAGCAAGUACUGUGGGACAGAUCCUUGAGUGUAUCCUCUUAGACUUGCAUGCUGUUUUCAAAUGUCAUAUUUAUUCAAGCAAAUGCUGCUGCUACAUAAGAAAACAAACGCACUGUGGCUACCUGUACUCUCCUGUAGUCAUGUUCUUUGGUGAUGUUCUCAUGCGCCAAAGGAAGCAAGAUAUCUAGGUUUUUGCAUUUGAAAUAACACAAGAUACUUGUGCCCUACUGAAUACUGUGAACAGAGAUGCAUGUCUCAAACAUUAAUAAUCAUUGCCUUUUCGUGUUUUCUACAUCAUGUGUUUGCACAAGAAAAAUAUGCUGUUUGUUUGAUGUAAACAGUUUGUGUUGGGGAUUUAAAAUGAUCUGAACUCAUUGUUUCGCAACUUUUGUUCAUUAGACAGCCUCAGUUUGCCAGUAGCUUUAUGUAGCAAAUAUACAACUCUGUUUCUAAAGAGGUUAGGAUCCUGAGAAAACUGUAGAUAAAAGCUAAACAUGAUGAUUUUCUAAAGGUUAAACCAUGCAUGUAGCUGGAAAUAGCACAGAGACAUCAUAUGUUUAUAUUAAAAAUGUAUGGUUUUGGACAAUUAUUCCCUAAUUUUCAAUUUGAUACCAGCAAAAUGUUUUUAAGAAGAUGGACUAGAAUAAUGGAUGUGUGUACAAUGAUUGAUAAGGUUUCUGUGGAUAUGUGACAUUUAGCAUUUACUGCAGUUUAUGAAAGCCCCAGAUUUAAUCAUAGAAUUUUUAUUAGUCUGAACAUUUAAAAAUGAUGGUUGAGCUCUUUCCACCUAAAUUUGGGGUUUCAUUGUUUUAAGAUACUUCUUUAUUAGUCCCACAAGGAAAUUCCCAUGUUGUUUUGCCAAUCAUCCCACUCUUGAAGGAGAACCAUCAAUAAUCCCACUUUGGCAGUGGUUACAUUUUACGCAGGGUCCUAAAUUCUUCAUAAAUGGGGUUGCCAUAAACAUGCUCAAUAUCUAAUUAUCUGAAUAUUUUCCAAACAGCCACAACUUACUGCUAUUUAAUUAGAACACAGUAUAGUUAGUUUUUGUAGAUAUAAAAGUGAAGACAAAUUUCUUGUGUGCUUGCUUUGUGUAGUCAGCAUUAAGUGUAAUAAUAUCAUUUAGUUGGUUGUGGAUGAUGUAAAAAUUGUACAUAUGGGAGAAGGUGAAUGUUUUACAUGGGUUGAUAAAAAGGUGUAACCAUUUCUUAAGCUUUGAUGCCGAUUUUAUUUUACAAGUAAUUUUGAAAAGAAUGUCUGUUUUGGUUUGUUCUUAAUAGUGUAUUUAUCCUCUUGUUGGUUGUAAUAAUAGGCUUUAUGUUUGUUUAUUAAAGUGGAAACUGCCAGUUCUUUGGUUUUUAUUUUUAAAGCGACACCAGUAUAAGUUUUUAAACAGACUUGAUUAUUAUUUUAUGAAAGAAAAACAAAGAAAAUUACUUAUUUUUAAGUCAGCUUGAACUGAUUUUGGAGCUUUGUAAGUCGAAAGCCUUUCUGACAGCAGACAUCUGGACUCAAAGGGAAAGCAGAGGGGUUACUGAUAAAACUGACAGAGGCUCUUGUAUAAUCAAGAGUUGCAGUGAAGUAUGAAUGUGUGACAGUCAGACACAAAUGGUAUUAGUGACAUGGCACACAGAUCCCUGUCCAGUGACUAGAUCAUUUUAAGACAGAACUGCUGUCAGCCCACUGCUUUACAUCCUUAGACCCUUCCAGCUUAAAUGUGAAGGUACAAAAGCUUUUACCACUAGGCUAAGGCACUAAGGGUUCGAAAAUCAGUGUCAUCUUUUAAAGCGCUUCUUAAAACUCACUUUUCCAGACUUGCUUUUUUUGUGUCCUCUGACUCCUUUUUCUUGUCCUUAUCUUUUAUUCAUCCUAUCCUAUAUCUUCUAAUCCCUUUACUUUUUCAACUUUCUUCUUUUUCUUUUUACCUCCUUUAUAAUUAAUUGUAAUUGCUUCAUUUAUUUAUUGCUUAUCUGCUUAUGCUUUGUCCAGUUGGGUUCCUGUAUUGUCCAGGUUCUUAUGGGAUCUUUUUUGUGCGUGUUGGGUUCUCAUGAUGCUUGAGUAAAAUUGCUGAUUGGGCUCUUUUUCUUCUUUGUUCUUCUGUGUGUUUUGUUUGUCUGUCAAAGUAUUUUGUGAAUCCUUGUUUUAGGGCGCAUUCACAUCCCCCUCGUUUAGUCCAGUUGAACCGAACCCUGAGGCGAUUACCCCCUUGGUGCGGUUUGUUUGGGUCGGUGUGAACGCUGACAUCGAACUCUGGUGCAGACCAAAAAAAAGGGAACUCUAGUCUGCCUGAAGAGGUGGUCUCGGACCACUAUCAAGUGAACUCUGGAGUGGUUCAUUUCUGGUGUGAACAUCAUCCACAUCAAUCACAGGAAACGCACCACACACAAUACAUCUAGGCUAUUUGUGAUGCUGGUUGUGAAAUAAAUGUUGUCCGCUCACCUCACUUGUCCCGAUUGACACCAGAGAGAAAACGCAUCGUGGUAGGCUCUGAUCAAUGCCAGCGAAGACAGCAGAGCAGGGUUUGUAUUCCUACAUAAACUAAUGACCAAUAACCGAACGAUAUUGGCGGUCACAUGACUUCCGGUUUCGUUUACUGUCGCGAUUGAGUUUGUCCUUUGUGAACACAAACCGGACCAGUUAAAUCAAAACAAAUGUAUCGUCUUGCCUUGGAUUCGAAUCAGGAAACGGACCUUUAGGUGUGAACACAACCUUAGAGGUGUUGUAAAGUUACAUGAACAUUAUAUAAAAAAGUUAUUGUUGGUUGAAUUUAGGACUUGGGGGUUUGAGGACUUUAAAGGUGGUGACAUCUCCAAGGUUCAGUCCCUGUGUACAAAACCCAAUUCCGAUGAAGUUGGGAGAUGUGUAAAUCGAAAAUAAAAACGGAAUACAAUGAUUUGCAAAUCCUUUUCAACCCAUAUUCAAUUGAAUAUACUACAAAGACAAGAUAUUUAAUGUACAAACUGAUAAACUUUGUUUUUUUUUUUGCAAAUAAUCAUUAACUUCAGAAUUUGAUGGCAGCAACACUUGAAAAAGAAGUUGGGAAAGGUGGUGAAAAAUACUUAGAAAUUUGAGGAAUGCUCAUCGAACACCUAUUUGGAACUUCCCACAGGUGAUCAGGCUAAUUGGGAACAGGUGGGUGCUAUAAUUGGGUAUAAAAGCAGCUUCCCCAAAAACUCUCAGUCAUUCACAAGCAAGGAUGGGGCGAGGUUCACCAGUUUGUUAACAACUGCGUGAGCAAAUAGUCGAACAGUUUAAGAACAACAUUUCUCAAAGGACAAUUGCAAGGAAUUUAGGGAUUUUAACAUCUAUGGUCCAUAAUAUCAUCAAAAGGUUCAAAGAAUCUGGAGAAAUCACUGCACAAUAGUGGCACGGCUGGAAACUAACAAUGAAUGCCUGUGACCUUUGACCCCUCAGGUGAAACUGUAUCAAAAACCGACAUCAAUGUGUAAAGGAUAACACCACAUGGGCUCAAGAACACUUCAGAAAACCACUGUCAGUAAAUACAGUUUGUCGCUACACCUGUAAGUACAAGUUGAAACUCAUGCAAAGCGAAAGCCAUUUAUCAACAACAUCCAGAAACGCCGCCGGCUUCUCUGAGCCCAAGCGCAUCUAAGAUGGACUGAUGCAAAGUUGAAAAGUGUCCUGUUGUCUGACGAGUCCACAUUUCAAAUUGUUUUUGGAAAUAGUGGACAUUGUGUCCUCUGGGCCAAAGAGGAAAAGAACCAUCCGGACUGUUGUUGACGCAAAGUUCUGUGAUGUUGUCGGGCUGCAUUAGUGCCCAAGGCAUGGGUAACUUACACAUCUGUGAAGGCAACAUCAAUGCUGAAAGGUACAUACAGGUUUUGGAGCAACAUAUGCUGCCAUCCAAGCAACAUCUUUUUCAUGGACGCCCCUGCUUAUUUCAGCAAGACAACGCCAAGCCACAUUCUGCAGGUGUUACAACAGCAUGGCUUUGUAGUAAAAGAGUGCGGGUACUCAACUGGCCUGCCUGCAGUCAAGACCUGUCUCCCAUUGAAAUGUGUGGCGCAUUAUGAAGCAUAAAAUACGACAAUAGAGACCCCAGACUGUUGAACAACGCACUGAAAGCUUGUCGAUUCAAACCUGGUCAGCUUUCAGCGCAGGCGGAGCGCAGCUGGUCUAGUGGUAUUUUGGUAGACCAGCGGCGUAGUGCGCAUACGUCACCGAUGCCUUACCAGCAGGUUUCCACAGUGUCGGGCACAUUUCAGUGCAAUAAAUAAUAAACAAAAGCCAAUAUUCUGGGUCAGCACAUACAUUUAGAUCUAUAGAUAUAUUCUGAUCUAUAUCUGAUCUGAUUAGAGCGUUUGGCAUGCGUUUGGACACACAACCUGACUGAAUCAACACAGUUGAAACCGCAUUAAAUUAAAUAUACAGCAAACAGUCAUACUUGAUGAAGUUAACAAGAUAUUCAAUUUGUCCCCCUUUCUCUCUCCCUCCUUUUUCUCACGCAGCUUGACUCGGACAUGUCUCUGUGUCCUCUCCCCAUCCUGAUGCUGCAGCAGCAAGGCUGAACAGAUGAUUUAUUUUAGUGAUCAGAUGAAUUAUUUACUUAAAAAUUUGAACAAAAAAGUAAAAGAAACUUUUAUUCAAAAUAACCUGUUUAUCUAAUGUCCUCACAUCCUAAAAUUCUGUGAAUAUUCAGUCCGGAGUUAGGCUUACAUACGAAUAUUAUAAUAUACAGUUGUGUGAGCUAAAAUCAUCUUAUAUGCCGACAUCAAUGAAAGAGAGAGCCAGGCGACGGAGCGCGAUGCGUCUUUUACGCACAGAUGGCACCGAUUUAAAUGCCAUUAUUGGAAUUUAUGUUGUGAUCUGUGCACACAACCCACUUUUGUCACAUGGGCUUUAAAUAUAUGCAACUUAAUGUGAUUGUCUUUAUUUGUGAAAACUGGUAUUUGUCUCACCAGUGGGUACAACCUUACACACACCAAAUCCCUCUGUACUUAUUUGAGAAAGUGUGCAGGACGCCCUCUGCAGUGCUUACAGUGACACUUGUUGAGGAGCUGCCUUCUGUCGCCAUCGUGCGGCAUUGCUGUCUUCAGACAUCUCUUGAUCUCUUCGACUACUUCACGAAAAUUGUAAUGCGCCUUGCUGGUGGCGGAUUUAAAGGUGAGGAGAGGAGCUGAUAUGAUUGGCAAAAAUAGGUCUCGGCUGUGUUAAACUCACUCCAUGCCUUCUCUCCUCCCUCUCUAUGACUUACGCCACUGGGAGGAGCUGAAUUAGGGAGGGGGGAUACUUAUGACGGGCUGCGCCGCUCACCAAAAUACCAAAGUGUGCUUGGGCACGCCUUGUCAGCGUACCCAAGCACACUUAAGCACAAGCACACUUACGCUGCGCCUGCGCCACGCCGCUGGCUAGGAACGAAAAUAGAGACCUCAGCCUCCUCAGUUCCCAAACGUUUAUUGAGUGUUGUUAAAAGGAGAGGUGAUGUAACACAGUGGUAAACAUGUCCCUGUCCCAAUGACUUAGGCAUGUGUUGCAGCCAUGAAAUUCUGAGUUAGUUAUUUGCAAAAAAAAAAAAGUUUAUGAGUUUGAACAUUAAAUAUCUUGUCUUUGUAGUGUAUUCAAUUGAAUGUAGGUUGACAAGGAUUUGCCAAUCGUAGUUUGUUUUUAUCUACGUUUAUCACAAUUUCCCAACUUAAAUGGAAUCUGGUUUUGUAUGUCUUAAAUGGUUUUCUUUAUUAGGCUGUCAGUGUCUUUCCACACCCACUCACACUUCCACACAGAUCAAGCUUCCUAUGAUCUUACAAAU